AUGUCUCCCUCUGCAGUACAAUCUUCGAAAGCCCAAGAGCAGUCGAGCAAAAUUGACGACUUGAAAGCACAAAUGUCCAAGUCCGCCGCCACCCCAGAACAGAAAAAGAACCACGAGUACGAACAUCUGACAUCCGUCAAGAUCGUGCCCCAGCGGCCCGUUUCUGAUAGGUUGCAACCCGAGAUCGCGGACCAUUAUUCUCCGCACUUGAAUGGGCUGCAAGAUUACCAGCGCCUGUACAAGCAGUCCAUUGAAGAUCCGGGCAAGUUCUUCGGCUCCAAAGCCACCCAGUUUUUGAACUGGUCCAAGCCCUUCGACAGGGUGUUCAUCCCGGAUCCAGAAACUGGCAGGCCCUCCUUCCAGAACAAUGCCUGGUUUUUGAACGGCCAAUUGAACGCAUGCUAUAACUGUGUUGACAGGCACGCGUUCAAGACGCCCAACAAGAGGGCCAUCAUCUUCGAGGCCGACGAGCCGGGCCAGGGCUACUCCAUUACCUACAAGCAGCUGCUCGAGGAGGUGUGCCAAGUGGCGCAGGUUCUAUACUACUCCAUGGGCGUCCGCAAGGGCGACACCGUCGCAGUGUACAUGCCCAUGGUCCCCGAGGCUAUCAUCACCUUGCUGGCCAUUUCCCGUAUCGGCGCCAUUCACUCCGUGGUCUUUGCUGGGUUUUCCUCCAAUUCUUUGAGGGACCGCAUCAACGAUGGGGACUCCAAAGUCGUCAUCACCACUGAUGAGUCUAACAGAGGCGGCAAAAUCAUCGAAACCAAAAGGAUUGUCGACGACGCGCUGAGGGAAGCCCCCGGUGUGAGACACGUCUUGGUUUAUAAAAAGACCAAUAACCCAUCUGUUGCCUUCCAGGCCCCCAGAGAUUUGGACUGGGCCACUGAGAAGAAGAAGUACAAGACCUACUAUCCCUGCACUCCCGUCGAUUCUGAGGACCCUCUAUUCUUGCUAUAUACUUCUGGUUCCACGGGCGCCCCCAAGGGUGUUCAGCACUCCACCGCAGGCUACUUGCUAGGUGCUUUAUUGACCAUGCGUUACACUUUUGACACCCACCAAGAAGAUAUUUUCUUCACUGCGGGGGACAUUGGCUGGAUCACAGGCCACACUUACGUGGUUUACGGUCCCUUGUUGUACGGCUGUGCCACUUUGGUCUUUGAAGGUACUCCGGCCUAUCCUGACUAUUCCCGUUACUGGGAUGUUAUUGAUAAACAUAAAGUCACCCAGUUUUACGUAGCACCUACUGCUUUGCGUUUGUUGAAAAGAGCCGGCGACUCGUUCAUUGAAAACCAUUCUUUGAAGUCUUUGCGCUGUUUAGGCUCUGUCGGAGAACCGAUUGCCGCUGAAGUUUGGGAAUGGUACUCUGAAAAAAUUGGUAAGAAUGAAAUCCCCAUUGUCGACACCUACUGGCAAACCGAAUCUGGCUCGCAUUUGGUCACCCCACUGGCUGGCGGUGUAACACCAAUGAAACCUGGUUCUGCCUCGUUCCCCUUCUUCGGUAUCGAUGCGGUUGUCCUUGAUCCAACCACAGGUGAAGAAGUCAAAUCCUCCCACGCAGAAGGUGUCCUUGCCGUCAAAUCUGCAUGGCCAUCGUUUGCAAGAACCAUUUGGAAGAACCAUGAUAGAUAUUUAGACACUUAUUUGAAUCCUUAUCCCGGUUAUUACUUCACAGGCGAUGGUGCCGCAAAGGACAAGGAUGGUUAUAUCUGGAUUUUGGGCCGUGUUGAUGAUGUGGUAAAUGUAUCCGGACAUCGUCUAUCAACCGCUGAGAUAGAAGCCGCCAUCAUCGAGGACCCAAUCGUGGCGGAAUGUGCUGUGGUGGGAUUCAAUGAUGACUUGACCGGUCAGGCGGUAGCCGCAUUUGUGGUCUUAAAGAAUAAAUCUAGUUGGUCCACAGCAACAGAAAGUGAGCUACAAGAUAUCAAAAAACACUUGGUUUUCACUGUCAGAAAGGACAUCGGUCCAUUUGCCGCCCCCAAACUAAUCAUCUUGGUAGACGAUUUACCCAAAACAAGAUCUGGUAAGAUUAUGAGACGUAUCUUGAGAAAAAUUCUAGCAGGAGAAAGCGAUCAAUUAGGCGACGUUUCUACUUUAGCCAACCCUGGCAUUGUUAGACAUUUGAUUGACUCAGUCAAACUGUAA